AUGAAUUCCAAGAUAUCAGUAAACAUCUUUUACGUCAGCGAUAGCUGUGUAGAAUCCUUAUUUAAAGGAGUGUAUGCUUUGAAGCUUAUAAAUGAUAAGAUUGAAGAAAUUAACUUUAAUGUGAGUAAGAGAAUCGAAGAACGGAACGACAUAGACAUGAUAAUAAAAAGUUUUGAUGCGAUAACAGUAUGUAUUAUAGAAAAGGAGAUCAUUUUGCGACUGACCAAUAAUAGCAUUAAAGUCAUUCCGAUGCGUAGAUCAAGAGGGUUAAAUUUUGAAAUGGUUAAAGAAGUGAUGGUUAGAUUGAGUCUGUUUGAUGGUGUUGACGCAACUUUGUACUCUGGAACGAGGUUAAUAGGAUCAGAAAGUGACAAUAUAGUAGGAGAAGUAUCACUGCCAAGUUUUGCUGUUGCUAUGACACGAGAGGAGAUUGAUCAAAGAUUUGAUGAAAGAAGAAGACGUCGUGAGGAAAGGGAUAGCGGCAAAUUCUCGACGCCUACCAGGUCGAGAGCUUCUAUCUCGUCUCCAUCCAGUAGUCAAGGUGGGAAAGCCGCUUCGGCGAAGGAUCAGAAGAGUAGCAUUGAUUCAUCAGUUACCAAGCGACAUGGAGGUGGAAAUUCGGAGGCAAUUUUAAGCAAGAUAUCAAGUACGACGAUUGAAUCAUCAAGUGACGAAUCUAACAAUGAAGAUGAAACCAAUAGCAAAGAAUUAGAAAUACAUCGGGAAUUAGUCAAAUAUGCAGAUAGUUGUAGUGAACUGGUUUACGUGAUCAAAAAUGAAGAUAUUUCUGAAUAUGGAGAGUUUGACUUUCCAUCCCUUGCUUUAGUAAACGGUUGUUAUAAGUUAAAGGAGGUAGUAACAAAAUUAAUGGGUACUGUACUGUAA